AUGAAUAAAGAAGUCGUGUCUACAGAGUGCAUUCCAGUGAUAUCGACACAGCCGUCGAACAAAGAUGAUUAUGACGGUAAUUACCAUCCAGAUGACUACAUCGACGCUGCUCCGGAUGGUGGAUACGGGUGGUGGUGCUGCGCUGGCGUUGCCAUGAUGAACUUUGCCACCUGGGGUGCCAAUAGCUCCUUUGGUGUCAUGCUGAGUUUCUACCUUCAAGAUGAUGAAUUCCCCGGUGGUGAUGCUACUCUGUACGCCUUGAUGAUGGGACUGUUGAUGUUCUUCACAUUGGCAACCAUCUCGUUUGCAUCAAUUGGACUGUACAAGUUUGGCUACAGACCGACAGUAUGGGUGGGGAUAAUUGUACAAUUGGGUGCGUACUUGGGCGCAAGCUUUGCAAGGACAAUGGUUCAGCUGAUUAUGACCCAAGGUGUUCUACUGGGCUUGGCCAUUGGCAUCAUAUUCGGUGCAAAUAGUAUAGUCUUGCCGUCUUGGUUCUUGAGAAGACGCGCAAUUGCCCUGGGAAUAUCGCAAGCUGGCAUUGGAAUUGGUGGUAUCGUGUUCUCCCUAUCAACAAAUGCAAUAAUCCAUAAAACUGGAGACCAUAAAUGGGCUCUAAGGUUUCUGGGAAUCGUUUCAUUUGCCAUUUGUGCUUCAACCUCGUUUAUCAUCAAACCAAGAAUUCCAAAGAAUGAUAAGCAUCUGAAUGAAGCUGAGCAACAGAGCUCACUUCUAAAAGUCAUCAAAUCUGUCUUGGAUUAUAAGAUGUUGAAGAGUUUCCCCUUACAACUCAUAACUGUGUGGGUUGCCUUUACAAAUGCAAGCUAUAUAGUGUGCCUCUUCUCUCUCUCAAACUACGCUGUAUCUAUUGGACUGAACGAAACACAGGCCACUACGAUUACAGUGCUGUUCAACUUAUCACAGGCAGUUGGAAGACCCUUAACUGGGUAUCUGUGUGAAGUGUUUGGUCGUGUAAACUUUUCGCUGAUGGGCACCUUGUACAUUUGUAUUCUUACACUGUGUUGGUGGAUUAACGUGCACUCGUACGCUUCCUUGAUAUGCUUCGCAUUGGCAAUGGGUUUGUUUGUUGGUGUCAGCUCUGUUAGCUGGUCGCCUUUGGUGGUUGAUGUCGUUGGGAUGAAUUCAUUCGCAUCUGCUUCUAGCUGGGUGUGCUUUUGGAUGGCUUCCGGCUCGUUAAUCGCUGAGGUAGUUGCAGUUAACUUGAGAGACUACUCACUGCAAUCUCAUUCCCCGUACUUCUACUGCCAACUGUUCGUUGGCUCGAUGUACUGCUUCUCCACGAUGGUGCUAAUUCCCUACAGAGAGUGGAGAAUCAGGAGAAUGCUAAACCAAUGGAAAAAGCAGAGUAUGGAAUCCGAUAGAGAAUAUCAAUACGAAGAGCUUUUAACUGAUAACUCACCAAGGAGCUACAUCAAGAGAGCUUUGCUCAAUGUGAAGAUUUGA